AUGUCAGACGCCAUAGGUUCGGUGCGGACUCUCAAGAGGAAGAACGUCAAAGGUCUGGCUCUGGCUGCUCCUGCCCCGCGGCCAGCAGCACCGUCUGAGAGCGGAUCCCAGAAUCCCGGCGGCAAUAACAACGAGAAUGCUCGGCAGUCUGCACAGCUGGAGAUUGGGAUUGAAUACAAGCUGGACUUGAAGAGGGAAGAUUUAGAGGUGUUGAAAGACCUGGGCCACGGCAAUGGAGGCACCGUCAGUAAAGUCAGGCAUAUGGCGACGGGGACAGUCAUGGCGAGGAAGGUUAUCCAUGUCGAAGCUAAGAAGGAGAUGCGCCGCCGAAUCGUGAGGGAACUCCAGAUUAUGCACGAUACCAACUCCGAAUUCAUUGUCAACUUCUAUGGUGCUUUCCUGAGCGACACCAACGACGUUAUUAUGUGCAUGGAAUACAUGGAUGUUGGAUCACUCGACAGGAUCUCGAGGCUGUUUGGUCCAGUACGGGUAGAUGUCCUGGGAAAGAUCGCUGAGGCGACCCUGGGAGGACUCACCUACCUUUACAUCAAGCACCACAUUAUGCAUCGCGACAUUAAGCCUUCAAAUAUUCUGGUGAACUCGAAGGGUCAGAUCAAGCUCUGCGAUUUCGGUGUCUCCGGAGAGCUGGUCAACUCGGUGGCUGAUACCUUUGUUGGAACAUCUACAUACAUGGCCCCGGAGAGAAUCCAGGGCCAGAAAUACACGGUGAAAUCAGACGUCUGGAGCUUUGGUCUAUCCAUAAUGGAGUUGGCAAUUGGCAAAUUCCCAUUCGAUGCUAGCGAGCAGUUGUCUGACGGGGACGGAGCUCCUGCUGGUAUCUUGGACCUGUUGCAACAGAUUGUGUAUGAGCCAGCACCAAAGCUUCCCAAGAGCGAGGCUUUCCCACAAAUUCUCGAGGACAUGAUUCAGAAGUGCAUGUCAAAGGUGCCGGAGGAGCGUCCCACACCACAAGAACUAUUCGAGCGAGAACCUUUCGUACAAGCAGCCAAGCGAACACCAGUCGACUUGAAAGAAUGGGCAGUCAGUCUUAUUGAGAAAGACAACCGCAAAUCUCAUCUCGCCCCUCAGUUAUCUCCGUCCACACAACAACUGCUCCGCUCAGCAGACUCUCCUACCGGCCUACCAACUCCUACCUCUGGCGAUAUCCCGAUCGGUGGUGGUGAUGUGCGUUCAGCAAUCGCAUCUCCUCAUUACAGUGAUCGCUCACCCAUCAGGAACGGCCACGGGAGUCUAGGUCGCAACACAGGCGCCUCCUUCCACCCGGGUCUCCCCCCACGCGUAGCAACCACCAACUCCGUCCCCAGACUCACCACUCUUAGCGCCCCUGACCACCCCACCAACGGUCCUUCGAGCGCAAACGCCGUCUCGUUCUCGUCAGCACUGCCCAUGAGGCCUGCUCCUCCUGCUGGUCCGCUGCCGCCCCCACCCGUCCCAAGAAAAGAGAAUGGCGACUCUGAUGUUAAGAAGGAGAGCAGACGCCAAGCUACAUUUGGAAACGGCUUAUACGGAUCUGGACAUCCGGCGAACGGGUCCGCCAAUUCGUACGACUACUAA